UUAAACAUGUCGAAAAUAAUUUUGAUUAUUUCCGCGCUAGUUUGUGUUAGUUUCGCUUGUCUCAUCACAAAUUGUCCCAGAGGGGGCAAGAGGGGUGAAAAUCCAUUGCUCUCACUGCACAGCCUGGCUGCAGAGUGCCCUAGUUGUGGCCCUGGACAUCAAGGCCAGUGCUUUGGCCCUAAUAUCUGCUGCGGAACAGCGAUUGGCUGCUUUAUAAGUACUCCGGAGACCUAUAAAUGUCGAACCGAGAGUCUGUACUCUCGUCCGUGCAUCGCAGGCUUCGCCAUGUGCCGAGACAAUACAGGCAGAUGUGCUGCUAAUGGAAUUUGCUGUUCACAAGAGAACUGUCACGUGGAUUCUUCCUGCAGAAUCAGUGAUGAAUUUAACGAUCGAAAAAUUGGACAGGAGUACCCAAGGCUUUCUCCGGAGAAUGAACAAUGAAUCUCGAUUACAUUGAAAAGGGCUACUAUUGGUGGAUCACUAUUACAUUAUAAAUAAAUCUGCAAUAUUGAUGAUGAGCUGUCAUUGGCUUUCAUUUAUUUCCUCGAAUUUUUAUUGGACUCUUGGAAGAAACGGAGAAUACAUUUUGAGAAUAUUUUUUUAUUUCAAUGUUUGGAAAUUAAAGGAAGUCAUGCAGGGGCCUCACGGAACCAAA